AUGCAAAGAAGAUCUGAUAUUGACAAACACAGAUGUUCUAGAAGUGGUUCACUGGUUGCAGCACAAUAUAUAAAACGUUACCAAAUAAUAAAAAAAAGAAAACUUGAAGAUGGUGUACCAUUGAAUACUAGCAUCGAAAAGGAGGAUGAUCCUGUUGCAAGUACAAGUGUUGUAAGUAAAGUGGUGCAGGAAAAUAAACAACCUACUCCUAUUUUAGUCCGUAAGUACCUUGAUAACUAUUUGAGCUUUGGUUUUACAUUUAAUGGUCCUGAAAACCGUCCUGUACCACAAUGUAUCGUGUGUGGAGAAAAACUCAGCAACGAAUCCAUGGUCCCUAGUAAAUUGAAAAGGCAUUUAAGUAGUAAACAUAGCCAUUUACUUGGAAAAGAUAAAAAUUACUUCAGUCUACUGUUGUCAUCGGAAGAAAAACAAGCAAAAACCAUGGUACGUAGAGCUACUAUUAGUGAGAAAGCACUAUUGGCCAGUUAUAAAGUGUCUGAAAUAGUAGCCAAACGAAUGCAGCCUCACACUAUCGCAGAAGACGUCAUUUUACCGGCCUGCAAAGAAAUAGUUAAAUCUAUGCUGGGUGACAAUGCAGAGAAGGAAAUAUCUUUGGUUCCAUUGUCAAACGAUACAGUAUCAAGGCGUAUUGGUGACAUGUCUUCAGACAUCCAAUGCCAUGUACGUGAAAAGUUAAGUGACAGUAGAUUAUUUGCACUGCAGCUCGAUGAGUCAACUGAUAUAAGUAAGAAAUGUCAAUUACUAAGCUAUAUCAGAUUCAUUGAUGACGACUCAGUUAUCGAACAAUUUCUGGCAUGUUCUGAACUACCCACAACGUCAACUGGAGCAGACGUGUAUGAUUCAAUGUCCAAUACUUUAACAGACAAUGGGCUAUCUUGGAAAAACUGUCUUUCUGUUUGUACUGACGGUGCACCUGCUAUGACAGGAAAAUUCAAAGGAUUUGUUGCUAAAGUUAAACAAAAUUUUCCGAAUGUGGGCUCAACACAUUGCUUUAUACACCGCGAGGCCCUAAUGGUGAAAACUAUUCCUGCAGAAUUGAAAAGUGUUUUGAACCUAGUUGUAAACAUGGUAAAUUUCGUUAAAUCGAGGGCUCUUAAGACAAGACUUCUCAAAGAAAUGUGUCGUGAAGCGGGAUCUAAACAUGAUACUCUGGUUCUUCAUACAGAGAUACGCUGGUUGUCGAAAGGUAAAGUCCUGCAGAGAUUUUAUGAGCUUAAAAACGAGCUGUCAAAACUCUUUAGCAUUGAAAAACCAGACUUUGCUGCGUAUUUGAACGACACAGAGUGGUGUGCCAAAGUAGCUUACUUGGCUGAUAUAUUUUAUCAUUUAAACUGCUUAAAUGAAAGUAUGCAAGGAAAAGAAGAAAAUGUCCUGACCUCAAGUGAUAAAUUGAAAGGGUUCUUAAAGAAACUACAAGUUUGGAAACGGCAUGUAGAAAAUAAAAGUUUAAAGAUGUUUCCUUUAACUUUUGAUAUAGAUCCUCAGGGGGACAUAACCACUCAACUAGUUUUAAAUCACCUUACAGAUCUUGAGGACAGCAUGGCACAGUAUUUUCCCCAUAUCUCAGUUGAAAAGUAUGAUUGGGUGCGCAAUCCUUACGCUACUUCGUCAGAAUCAACAGCUGACCUAUCUCUUGAGAAAGAAGAACAGCUGGCAGAAAUUCAGGAGGAUAGAACACUACGACUGAAAUAUAAUGAAUCACCACUAAUUAGAUUUUGGAUGUAUGCAAAGACAGAAUAUCCAGUAAUAGCAGUUGAAGCAAUCAACAUUUUGUUACACUUUUCAACCACCUACUUGUGCGAGUUAGGCUUUUCGGCACUUACAAACAUAAAAAACAAAAAACGGGAGAGACUUCUUUCCGUUGAUCAGGAAAUGCGUGUCUGCUUGUCUUCAAUUCGACCACGUAUUGAACUUUUGUGUACGAAACGACAAGCUCAAGUUUCUCACUAG